UUCCGUUACAACUUGUUAUUGGGAUAAUUCACUUUUAAUUAUUUAUUUAUACUGUACUAUGGGAAAAGAAUGUAUCUGGUUGCUGUUCAUCGGAUUUUCUCUUAUUGCGAGCGAACCUCUCACCAACUCUUCUGAAACACUUAUUGCAAAAAACUCCACUGAGCAGACGGUGGACUACAGUGACAUCGAGUCAAAGUUCUCCAUCAGAAAUGGUGAAUUUCCUGACGAGGAUCUGUGCUAUCUUGUCCCGGGAAUAAAGGAGUCUUUUUCGGAAUGUAACUUUAAAACUGAUGCCCAAACCUUCAUUAUCAUCCAUGGAUGGUCGGUUGCAGGUCUGUUUGAAAGCUGGAUCUAUAAGCUUGUGACUGCUCUGUUUGAGCGUGAACCCAGCGCCAAUGUCAUUGUGGUCGACUGGCUGGAUCGGGCCAACAAACACUACCCAACAUCAGCAGAAAACACCAGAUUGGUGGGGGCAGAUGUAGCCAAGUUUGUCAACUGGUUGGAGGAGUUGGAGUACCCACUGAAAAAGGUGCAUCUGUUAGGCUACAGUCUUGGUGCACAUGUUGCAGGCGUCGCAGGAAACCUCACCAACCACAAAGUUAACAGAAUUACAGGACUUGACCCAGCAGGCCCCAGUUUUGAGAAUGCCAACAGUCUUAGACGUCUGUCACCUGAUGAUGCAACCUUUGUUGAUGUCCUGCACACAAACACCAGAGGAACGCCAGACCUCAGCAUCGGGAUCCAGAGGCCAGUUGGUCACGUCGAUAUUUAUCCCAACGGUGGAACUUUCCAACCUGGCUGCAGCAUUCAAAAUACCAUGAAGCUCAUCGCCACCUACGGCUUCUACAACAUGGACCAAAUUGUGAAAUGCUCUCACGAGCGCUCUGUGCACCUGUUCAUUGACUCGCUGGUAAAUCAGGCUCAACAGAGCUGGGCGUACCGCUGUAGCACCAAAGAUGCCUUCAACAAGGGCCUGUGCCUGAGCUGUCGCAAGAACCGCUGCAACAAACUCGGCUACAACGUGAAGAAGAUCCGCACCACCAGGAACACAAAAAUGUACCUCAAAACCCGAGAGAUUAUGCCGUUCAAGGUGUUUCAUUACCAGAUCAAGUUUCAUGUAUUUAGCGAUAAAAACUUGACUAUGUUGGAGCAGCCGAUGAAAGUGUCGCUGUUCGGCACGACUGACGAAAGGGAUGACAUCUCUGUCACUGUGCCCAUCAUGAUCACCAACAGCACCAUCUCCUUCUUGGUGACGUGUGACAGGGACGUUGGGGAGCUGUUGAUGUUGAAUAUCCAGUGGGAGAAGGACUCGUAUCUGUAUGGCUUCUUCAGCACCAAUCGAUUGAUGAUUCGCAGAAUGAGAAUAAAAUCAGGAGAAACUCAAGCCAAGGUAAUAUUCAGACCGAAAGAGGGAGAAUUUGGUUUCCUCACACAGGGUGGAAACCCCGUUAUCUUUGUGAAGUCCACUGAAACCCCGCAGAGCAGGAGAGAGGAGAGGCAGCACAGAUUGAAGCAUCAUGGAAGUUCAUUUAAGGGUGUGAAUGAAGCAUCAGCUGAUAUGAGUAAAGAGCCGGUGUUACUGAAUCACACUGAAUCAACAGAUGUCAUGACACAAACCACAACAAAGCAAAACAACUUCACAAGGUCAUCGUAAAGAAUUUUAUAUUCAUCAGAUGAAAGCUCAACAGGUGAAUCUCAUGAAAACAUGUCCAGGUCAUUUUGCACCCCAAAAUCUGAUGGAAAAAAAAUAGGAAAUUAUAUUUUGCAUAAAGAAAUGGAAGCCUUUUUUGUGACAUUUUUUUCUUUUAAAAUGUAAAUAUGAAAAUUAUAUACAUUACAUGCAUGUAAAGUAUAACACAUGUAAAGUAUAACACAUGUAAAGUAUAAUUUCUUCAUUAUGUUCAUGACAGGUUUCUUGAGAUUCACCCCAAAAUACAUUAUAAAAAGUGGUAAACUCCAGUUGUUGCCUUAAAGGGACAGUUCGCCCAAAAAUGAAAAUUCUCUCAUCAUUUACUCACCCUCAUGCUAUCCCAGAUGUGUAUGACUUUCUUUCUUCAGCAAAACACAAAUUAUGGGCCUACAGAGCUGAGAUAUUCUUCAUUUGUGUUCUGCAGAAGAAAGAAAAUCAUAAGAAAUAAGAAAUUAUACUUUGCAAAUUAUAUUUGCAUGUAUAUAAUUUUCAAUGAAAAUAAUGCCACAAAAAUAGGCUUCAAUUUCCCAACCUUUUUUUUUUUCUCCCAAUUCCCAAUGCGCUCUAAGUCCUCGUGGUGGUGUAGUGAUUCGCCUCAAUCCGGGUGGCGGAGGACGAAUCCCAGUUGCCUCCGCGUCUGAGAUCAUCAACCCGUGCAUCUUAUCACGUGACUUGUUGAGCAUGUUGCCACGGAGAUAUAGCGUGUGUGGAGGCUUCACGCCAUCCACCGCGGCAACUACGCUCAACACACCACGCGCCCCACCAAGAACGAAUCUCAUUAUAGCGAUCACGAGGAGGUUACCCCAUGUGACUCUACCCUCCCUAGUAACCGGGCCAAUUUGGUUGCUUAGGAGACCUGGCUGGAGUCACUCAGCAUUUCUUCUUUGUUAUAGUGACAGUUGAUCGUACGGGACAGAUUAGGAAAGUAAAUGUUAGAAUAUGUUUUACAAGGGAUGAUGCAAAGAGAACACAGUAAAUAGCCUAAACAUCCUCCUCAAAACUUAUGAUAAAUGACAUGUGGUUAUCCGCAGGCUUUGAAUAAAAAACCUCAAAAAUAACAAUAGCUUAUUAAUAAUAAUAUCUAGGUUUUAGACAUAAGCUAUUUAUGUCGUACAAGAGUAAAACCCUUCUUCUGACAGUUAUUUAACACUACAAGCAUCCCUUCUCUUGCUGUUUUAAAUAGCAUACCUUUUUUUUCUUGAAUGAUUAAAUGCUCCGUUCCGCCAUCAUUAUUGCUUAGUGAUUUUUGCGUAGCGUCCCGUCCGCAUCUGUUGCUUAAAGUGGCUGUUAUUUUGUUUCCAUUCCUGAUCUGUAAACUCCUUUAAGAACAACUCUCACCCACCUGUCUUUACUUCAUACCCGCAUCCAGAGAUGCCUACGGUUAGAUUGGAGGAGGAAUGGGCAUGAGGCAAAUACAUGGUUAAAAGGACAGUUCAACCAAAAAUGAAAAUUCUCUCAUUAUUUACUCACCCUCAUGAUAUCCCAGGUGUGCAUGACUUUCUUUCUUCACCAGAACACAUUUGAAGUAAAAUAGUAAAAUAUCUCAGCUCAGUAGGUCCUUAAAAUGGAAGUGGAUGGCGGUUUCUCUUUUGAAGCUCCAAAAAUCACAGUCAGUCAGCAUAAAAGUCAUCCAUACGACACCAGCGGUUAAAUUAACGUCUUCUAAAGCGACACAAUCGCUAAAGUACUUUUUAAGUCUAUAUCAUCGCUUCUGGUAAACUUCAGGAGAGGGUGGAGAUCACAUGGUCUCUCGUGUGACAUAUUCGCGUUGCCAUGUUGCCGAUGUAAUUGCGAGAAUUUUCACUUUUGGGUGAACUAUCCCUUUAAGUCAGACAGGGUAUUAGACGCUGCUUACAGCAAUUACGGUUUUUGGUGCCAUUCUCACGUUCUCAGCCUUUCUCCGCUUCUUUAGGACGCAACUGACGCUCUUCACAUGCGCAAGAAGUUUUGUUCAGAAAACGUAAUGCACAUGUAAACAAAUAUUUGUAUGGGAUUGCAAAGUUUAGGGGACAUAUAAACAGUACAUUGAGAAUUUGCAAUCGGAUUGAAUUUAUUUGGAUUGACGAAAAUUAGUGCAUGCACACAUGAUGUUAACUAAUAUUACUGACUCAAAUAAAACUAGUUAACUUAGAUAAAAAAAAAUUUUAAAAAAUUUUUUUUAGGUUAACAUUUCUUUCAGUGCAUAGGAAAUAAUGGCCUGUAAUAUAUUAAGUGUAAAAAAAUAUAUAUUUUGCAUAAAUCCAACUUUAUGCAUUCGUUAGCCUAGAUUCUAGUACAUAUUUUGUAAGCAUAAACAGGGUUAAAAAUAUCCAGAUAAAAUAUUAUUCCAUGGCUUAAACAAAAUUAAUUGAACUAAACACAUCUAUUAGCAGCUUGUAAAUAUGAUAACCAUUGCGUAUUUAUAGUGGUUUAUACAGGAUUAAACAGCAGUAGAUUGAUAUCAAUUCAGAAUUUAAUGCUCCAAUCAAGAAUUCAAAAUUGCUGAUUUAAGAUUUUCUUCCUCACCAACAAAUCAAUGCAUUCUGUUUAAAAAUGCUCACCUGUUUGUUUUCCUCUUAUUGUAUACAUGCAUUUUAAUAAUACUGUUGUUAUUUCAAAAAGGUGUGUUUAUAGUAGUACCUUCAGUUUGCAGUUAAUAGAUUAAUACAGUCAAAAUAAUCAAAGUAGUUUAAAUUGGCACAUAACUUAAAAACUGUAAAUGUACUGACAAACUGUUUAAGAUCUUUUCAGUUUGUCCAAGGGCUUUUGAUGCAAAUGAAAUGCCUUAGUGACACAAAUGUCCACAUUUACUUUUAGGGUUUUCAACCAUCUUCUGUAUUUAUUUAACAUGCUUUAUGCUUCUGAAAUGUUAGGUUGGUCUUAAUAACUGAAUGUAUUUUUGUGUGUGAAUGUAUCUCAAUAAAUGUAUGUAUCUUCAA